AUGUUUGCCACCGCUGGUGCCACUGCUGCGGGUACUGCUGCCACAGCUGAAGCCACAUGUGCUACCGGAGCCGAAGCCAGCACUGGAGCUGGUGCUACAGCCGGUACGGCUGCCACGGCUGGAGCUGCAGCCACAGCUGGUGCCACCGCUGCUGGUACUGCUGCUACGGCUGGCGCUACCGGUGCUACCGCAGCUGGAGCUGCCGCUGGUACUGCUGCUACGGCCGGCGCUACCGGUGCUACCGCAGCUGGAGCUGCCGCUGGUACUGCUGCUACGGCCGGUGCUAUCGCAGCUGGAGCUGCCGCUGGUACUGCUGCCACCGCUGGAGCGUCCGGAGCCACCGCUGAAGUUGCCGCAGCUAUCGCUGCCGAACCCACUGCUGGAGCUGGUGCCACUGCCGGUAUCGCUUCCACUGCUGCAGCAGGCGCUGGAGCGACUACUGGGGCUCCGACUUCUUCUACCGCUGAAGGAGAAACUACAGCAGCAGCAGGGGCUGGAUGGACAUCUAUCACAGGUUCAGCUUCAACUGCCAAAGCUGGUUCAGGACCUACAGCAUAG